GCAAGGUUUAAUUUUGAGAAUUUGGUUUCUAGGGUUUGAGUUGUCUUCACUGUUCUUCAAUGGGAAGUUUAGUCGAUAACAAGUUCACUUGGGUGAUUAAUAAAGUCUCUUCUUUGACGUCAGAUCUGCUUUUUUCGAAUUAUUUUGUGAUCGGUGGUUGCAGCUGGCGUGUUGUGGCACUUUCCAGAGACAAUAACUUUAAAGACUCUUUAUCUUUAACUCUGAUUGUUACUGAAGAUUCUGCUCAAAAAAUGAGUGUUGGAUGGAGUAGAUACGCUAAAGUUUCAUUUACUCUAAUCAAUCAAAUUUCUGAAAUGCUCUCUCAACGUAUAGAAACCAUGUUUGAUCAAAGGAGUUCGGUUUUCAGUUGUGAAACCAUGUUUUCCAUUGGUAAACUUAAUGAUGAUCAUGCUGGAUUUUUGGUGGAUGGAGAAAUCAAGAUUGUUGUUCAGUUUCUUGAAAUUUUUGACAAAUUAGUGGUAUCUAAAGAAUCAAACCAGCCUUUUAAAAAGACAAAGCUAAAUGAUGAUGGUGAAGUGUCUAAAGAUUUGAUUAGGGAGGUUCCAGUAAUAAUGUAAAGCAUUGUUGUUAAUGGGUUUCAAGUUCUUCCUUCACAGGUGGAAUUUGUGAAGCGUAUUUUUGAAAAACAUCCAGACAUUGCAUUAGAGUUUUUUCCGAAGAACCCGGUUGUCAAGACAGCUUACAUGAAUGUUCUACUCAGUUUGAUUGAGACUUUGGGCCAGCCGCCUCGAGAAAUAUCAAAGGAUGAUCUGGCUGGUGCAUAUGGUUUACUAAGAUCCAUGAAAGAGGCUGGAUUUAAGUUGGAUUGGUUGGAGAAUAAACUGAAUGAGGUGUUAAAAAAGAAGGAGAGCGAAGAAGCUUAUGAGACUCGAAUGCGAGAAAUCGAGGAAGAGAUGAAAGACUUGAAGGAAAAAGUGUUGGACGUGGCAGCUCCUUUAAGGUUAGAUGAUGUUUUCUAAAUUAGAGCCCUCAUCAGACUUAGGUAGCUAGAGAGAUAUCGGAAGUUUCCACAUUUUGCAAGUAGUUUUCGUUAGGUAGACAGGGACUUGGUAGGAUUUUUUGAAGCACGUUAGUUUCAAUGAAAACGUAAUGUCUUUUAGGUGGCUUAUUCUUUCUCACUUGACUUUGAAGAUGGAGGAAGUGAAGAGAAUGAUCAAAUAGAGCUAAUACUUAAGGUGCCAUCAAACUCUUAAUAUUGAUCCUUUAUUUUCAUAAAGAGGAGAUUUGUUCGUUGCUAAAUCAUUCGGAAAAGCAGAGAAAUCUUAGAAAGCAACAACGUAUAUUGAGGCUUAAAGCUUAUGUAUAACGUU